AUGACUCUGGUCUCAUUUGCACACCCCACAAUCUCCAAGAUCGGUGAUAAACACUGGUUCCACGAGAUCAAUGACUCGUUCCCGGGCCAAUCGUUCGGCUUGGAAGUGGUGCGCAUCUUGCAUCACUCACAGUCGGCGUUCCAGGACAUCUUAGUGUUCGAAUCGGCCACAUUCGGCAACGUGUUGGUACUCAACGGCAUUGUUCAAUGUACAGAGAAGGACGAGUUUGCUUACCAGGAACUCAUCACUCAUGUGCCUGUCAUGUGCCACGAAAAGCCAGCCAAGGUAUUGGUCAUUGGAGGUGGAGACUGUGGAGUAGUCAGAGAGCUUGUAAAGCAUUUGGAAGAUGGAGUCGAAGAGAUUGUUAUGGUCGAGAUUGACCGUGCAGUGAUUGAUUUGAGCAUCAAGUAUUUGCCUAACAUGGCCAAGUUCCACAACCACCCAAAGGUGAAGAUCGUAAUUGAGGACGGGUUCAAGUUUUUGGAGCGCUUGAGCAGUCUGGAAGAUAGCGGCAAAUACGAUGUGAUCAUUACCGACUCGUCCGAUCCCGAAGGUCCAGCACAGGAGUUCUUCGAUACUGGUUAUUAUGGCUUGUUGAAGAAUGCCCUUAAACCGGAUGGAAUAGUGGCUAUGCAGAGUAGUGAGAACAUUUGGUUGAAUCUUCCAUACUUGUGUGAUCUUCUUAACAAGACCUCGCAGGUGUUCAGCAAUGUGGAGUACUGUCAAUGUUACAUGCCCUCGUACACAAGCGGUCAGUUAGGGCUUGUCAUUGCGUCUCCCGCCAAGAGCAGGGAUUUGAAGAAUCCAGUCAAGAACUUUGACGACAGAAAGGAUCUUUUCAAGUAUUACAAUUCCAAGGUGCAUGAGGCCAGUUUUGUGCUUCCUACUUGGGCAGCCAAUGCGCUUGAAAAGAGAACGACUUAG